AACUGUCACAAGCUGUGGUGGAUGCAGGAGCUGUUCCUCUUUUAGUGCUCUGUAUCCAGGAGCCAGAAAUUGCUUUGAAAAGGAUUGCUGCUUCAACUCUCAGUGAUAUUUCAAAGCAUUCUCCAGAGUUAGCACAGACAGUAGUGGAUGCAGGAGCUAUCGCUCACUUAGCUCAGAUGAUCCUGAACCCUGAUGCUAAACUGAAGCGUCAGGUGCUGUCAGCUCUAAGCCAAAUAGCAAAGCAUUCAGUGGAUCUUGCUGAGUUGGUGGUGGAAGCAGAAAUUUUCCCAGUUGUGCUCACAUGCCUGAAGGACUCAGAUGAAUAUGUCAAGAAAAAUGGUGCAACUUUAAUUAGAGAGAUAGCAAAGCAUACGCCUGAGCUUUCACAGCUUAUAGUAAAUGCAGGUGGAGUUGCUGCUGUGAUUGAUUGUAUUGGCAGCUGCAGAGGGACUGUCAGACUGCCUGGCAUCAUGAUGCUUGGUUACGUAGCAGCUCAUUCGGAGAACCUGUCAAUGGCAGUGAUUGUCUCCAAGGGAAUACCACCACUGUGUGCCUGCUUGAUAGAAGAACCUGAAGAUCAUAUUAAGGCAGCAGCUGCUUGGGCCUUGGGACAGGUUGGAAGACAUACUCCUGAGCAUGCACGUGCUGUUGCCGUAGCAAAUGUGCUACCCACACUGCUUGCUAUGUAUAUGGACACACGCAGUUCAGAAGAUCUUCAAAUGAAAACUAAAAAAGCCUUAAAGAGCAUCCUUCAGAAAUGCACGUAUCUUCCAGCACUUGAACCAUUGCUGCAUGAUGCCCCACCCAAUAUUAUGAAGCAUAUUGUUGGGCAGUUUAGUAAGGUGUUACCACAUGACAGUAAAGCACGUCGUCUCUUUGUAACAACCGGUGGACUUAAAAAGGUUCAAGAAAUAAAAGCAGAAGCUGGGUCACUUCUUCAGGAAUAUAUCAACACUAUUAACAACUGCUAUCCAGAGGAAAUAGUAAGGUAUUACUCCCCUGGAUAUUCUGAGAUACUUCUGGAAAGGGUGGAAAAUUACCAUCCAGUUUUAUAAACUUCAAUUUUUUAUUAGAGCUGUAUUUCACAUUUAUGCCUUUAUGACCGUAAUACAAAUACAGCUGUUGAAACUCUUGUUUGAUUCUGAAAUCUCCUUCUACUGUUUGAACUACUGAAAGAGCUCAGCAAUUCCAGCAAGCUAUAUUUUGUUCUUUAUAAACUUGUUUGUUGUUAAGUUUU